UUGUCCUUAUACUUCGUUUAUGUCUUAUAUUGAUAAAUUAAAUAAGGAUCUUGAUGUACUUUGGCAGAGACCCAGCAAAGGAAAUGAACUUAAGUAUGAUAAAAUAGCGGUGGGGAAAAAUACUCUUGGGGAUAAAAUGAAAAACCUAUCCAAAAAAGCCGAACUUUCAAAGAUGUACACUAACCACUGUUUGCGCGCAACGUCAAUAACAGAACUAGAUAGAUCUGGUUUCGAAGCUCGGCACAUAAUGUGUAUAUCUGGACACCAGUCAGAAAGCAGCAUAAGAAGCUACGCAGCCCAUGUAGACGACAGAAAAAAACUAGACGUGGCCAUGACAAUCUCAAAGGCAGUAACAGGAGACUCUGUUCUCGUUGAGAACAAAGCCGCUGCUAGCAAAUCUCCCUCUCCCCCGUCACCUCUACAUGACGAACAUUUAUGCUUUGAAGAUAUGGACUUUCUUGAUAUUACAAACUCACAGGAACGAAGACUUCUUGAAACAGUUUUUACAGAAGAAACAAAAACACUAGACUUGAACCUUUAUCAGGGAAAAGAAAACGGUUUUCAGAAAUUUCAGCCGGCGCCAAUUAUGCAUUUUAACAACAGCAGUGUUAAUGUUCAUUACCAUUAUUAUUGA